AUGAUGGGCAAUGUCCCUCCUGUCGAGGCGGGGGUCCGAGGAUCAGGUGCAUCUAGCGGUAAAGUCGUCUCCCGACGUUGGUCUGCUGCUGUGGAUUUCGCCUUUGAGGAAGAUGCCGGUGACAGUUCUAUUAGUUGGCGUUUGCAUCGGAAACGCAACAUUGAUCCUCUGUUUUCUGAGUCUCAUGUUGUUAUUGAGAUUACAGAUACUAACAACCCACAAGCGGUGGAGGCGGCGGGUUUGCGUCGGCCGGGGAAGCCAAGUGUUGUGGGCACUUACUCAUUCCCUCCCUCUGUUCUAGGUGAUACCCCGUCGGUGGUCGUGUGUGUGGCUGCUGGUAUAGAGAAGGGAAAGCAGGUGGUACGAGCAUGGUUGAAUGGUAGUAGCCCUGGCUCGUCUGAUCCGGAUGCUGCGGCACAAUCUGUUGGUGCAAUGCAUGCUGCCAUCAAGGCUUUUGGCGAGACGUAUUUCGCGUCGUAUCUCCGUUUGGGUGAGCUCGACCUUGAUAAUCUUCGCCAAAUGUGCUCUGAAGAGGAGGAACAUGUGUCAGACGGUAGCACUGGAGGCACUGCCUCGACUCAACCUCGCCAGGGUUAA